CACUUUCUAUCGCAUCAGUGUCGAAAGCGGCAGUUGUUUUCCAGAGUUGAAGAAAAUCGGUAGAGGGUGCGUCAACCCCCGCGUCUUAUAAAAUUUUCACGUCGAUUGACGACGAUUACGACAGCAGGUGUCUCGAUUCUGUCAGUUAGGUGGAUGAUGUGGUGAAGUCGACGCGUGUUUUCCGAUUUUCCGCCAUGGCCGAAGAGGACAAGCUGAAGAGGAUGUUCAGUUGGAGCAGCAACGCCUUGAGUGAAGGUUCAGCGAUGGGCGAGCGCGUCGAGCCCGUGGUUCCAGGCCCGGACUUGGUCGGCGUCAACGUGGAGCGCCCCCCUGCGCCCCUGGUGCACCAGCAGUCCACCGUGUGGAGCAAACGCCAGCAGGCCGUCUGCGUCCGACACGCCUUCAAGCACUACGGCUCCAAGAAGAACCCCAACCACGUCCUCAGCGACCUCAACAUGACCGUGGGCAAAGGCACAAUAUACGGGCUGUUGGGGGCCUCCGGAUGCGGCAAAACCACCCUCUUGUCGUGCAUCGUGGGCCGGAGGAGGCUCAACACGGGGGAGAUCUGGGUCUUGGGGGGGAAACCGGGGACGAAGGGGUCGGGGGUGCCGGGGAAAAGGGUCGGGUAUAUGCCCCAGGAGAUCGCCCUCUAUGGGGAGUUCUCCAUCAAGGAAACGAUGAUGUACUUCGGGUGGAUUUUCGGGAUGGAGUCGGCGGAAAUCAACGAGAGAUUGCAGUUCUUGUUGAAUUUCCUCGACCUCCCGAGUCAAAAUAGACUGGUGAAGAACCUAAGUGGGGGGCAACAGCGACGGGUCUCCUUCGCAGUCGCCCUAAUGCACGACCCCGAGCUCUUGAUCCUCGAUGAGCCCACUGUGGGGGUUGAUCCGCUGCUACGACAGAGCAUUUGGAACCAUUUGGUUCAAAUCACGAAGGAUGGCAACAAAACGGUUAUCAUCACGACGCAUUAUAUCGAAGAGGCGCGGCAAGCUCAUACUAUCGGGUUGAUGCGAAGCGGGAAAUUGCUAGCGGAGGAGUCACCUCAUGUCUUGCUCUCUAUGUAUGGUUGUCAGUCGUUAGAAGAAGUUUUCCUGAAAUUGUCGAGGAAACAAGGACAAGCAGGACAAAACGAUAUCAACAUUAGCAAUAAUAUUAGUCUAGCGACUCUCAAUUGGGGCAAGAAAGACUCCAUUUCGGUGACGGAGGAGAGCGGAGUCGUCGGAUUGAACUUCCACCAAAGCAAAGAGAUUCUUAUAGCGGAUAGCACCAACGGACACAUCGAUCAGCUGGGCAAGCCGCCGUCGUCGUCGAAGAGCAGCAUCGCGGACGCGUGCGACGACUGCAGCUGCUCCGACAUGACCUCCUGGGGCAAAAUCAAGGCCCUCCUCCAGAAGAAUUUCCUCCGUAUGUGGCGCAACGUCGGCGUGAUGCUUUUCAUCUUCGCACUGCCCGUGAUGCAAGUGAUAUUGUUUUGUCUAGCCAUAGGACGCGAUCCGACCGGCCUGAAACUGGCCAUCGUCAACCACGAAAAGAACUACACGAAUCAGUCUUAUCAGGAAUGCUCUUUCGAUUACGGCUGCAAAUUCUCCUAUUUGAGUUGUCGCUAUUUGAACAAUCUGCGAAAUUCGACCAUUGUCAAGGAGUAUUAUCCGGACCCGGAGGCGGCGGUGCACGCCGUCAAGCAGGGCCACGCCUGGGGGGCCCUCUACUUCACGGAGAACUUCACCGACGCGCUGGUGGCCAGAAUGGCCUUGGGGAAGGACGCCGAUCCGGAGACUCUGGACCAGAGUGAAGUCCGGGUGUGGCUGGACAUGUCGAACCAACAAAUCGGGAUUAUUCUACAACGAGACUUGCAAUUGUCCUAUCAAGACUUCGCGAAAGACUUGCUAGGAGCGUGUGAGCAAAAUCCGGAUUUGGCCGAAAUUCCGAUUUCCUUCAAGGAGCCGAUUUAUGGGUCUAAUAAACCGUCAUUUACCGAUUUUGUGGCUCCGGGUGUUAUCCUAACGAUUGUUUUCUUCCUCGCUGUCGCACUCACAUCCUCUGCUCUGAUCAUCGAACGAAUGGAAGGGCUUUUGGACCGGUCUUGGGUUGCCGGUGUGACCCCCGGCGAGAUCCUCUUCAGCCACGUGGUGACCCAAUUCGUGGUGAUGUGCGGGCAGACCGCCCUCGUGCUCAUCUUCAUGAUCCUGGUGUUCGGCGUGCAAUGCAAAGGCGACAUCGGCUGGGUGAUCGUCCUCACCAUCCUGCAGGGCCUCUGCGGCAUGUGUUUCGGUUUCGUCAUUUCUGCAAUCUGCGAAUUGGAGCGCAACGCCAUCCAGUUGGCGCUGGGCAGCUUCUACCCCACUUUACUCCUCAGCGGGGUGAUCUGGCCCAUCGAGGGCAUGCCCACGGUGCUGCGCUACAUCUCCACCUUCCUGCCCCUCACGCUGGCGACCACCAGCCUCCGGGCGAUGCUCACAAGGGGGUGGUCCAUCGCCGAGCCGGCGGUCUACUACGGCUUCCUGGCGACCAUCAUCUGGAUCGCCGCUUUUCUUACGAUAAGUAUGCUGGUGCUUAGGUUCAAGAGAGGGUAGUGCCCGGAUUUCGGCGUUUUUGGAUACGUACUGUACAAAAGUCGCAAAAUUGUUGUGGUUAUAGUCAUUUUUAUUUAUAAAUAACUUGCCUUCAUGUUUAACAUAAGUGUUACACUUAGUUUAAGUUUUAUARACAGUUUUUUGUAUUAUGACGAUCACAGCUGAUGGCUUUAACACUGAAGACGGCGCCCUUGGCAGUAGAGACUCUUAGAAGUUUUAAUA